AUGACGGAAGCGAAUAGCGAAUCUGUGGGGGAAGAGGAUGUUUUCAAAAGGACACAGCCGUUGGCAGUCCCGACGCCAUCGAGCAUCAGUGCACGCCUGCAUGAACUAUAUGAUGAGAAUGUCACGGCCAAAAUUAUCCGUGCUGCAACCACAUGUUUGGAGCAUAAUUACCCAAUCACCCAGUACCCGGAGUAUGUUCUGGAGUCAGGGCCCGAUGCCGGAAAAUACCUUCUUCGCGAGGCGGAUUUCUGGACGUGUGGCUUCUUCCCCGGUUCAAUUUACUCGCUUCUCGAGCGUUGGAUCAAAUAUCCCCAAAGUGCAGGCAAAGGUGCCCAGUCAGCACUCGUCAUUCAGAAGCUGCACGAACUGGGUGGAAUCUGGUCAGAGCCGAUCCACCACAUGGGCUCUAGAACAGAUACACACGAUAUGGCUUUCAUUAUUCAGCCAUCAAUGCGACCACGCUGGGAGGUCUUCCACGACGAAAGAGCUCUGACCACCAUUCUCACCGCAGCAGACAGUCUAUACACUCGCUAUAGUCCAAGAAUCGGUGCCAUUCGGUCGUGGGAUCAACUGACGCAGAAGGGUGUCAAUAUCACUUCCAUGGAUCACGAUUUCCUGGUUAUCAUCGAUUCUAUGUGCAACUUAGAUCUCCUUUACUAUGCUGCUGCACACACCGGCCGCGAUGAACUCUCCGUUGCUGCCACUCGCCACGCUCACAAACUUCUACGCACCCUUCUUCGCCACGAGACUGGGAUCUACUCUCAGCGAAAAGGGUUUUCUGGGCCUUUGUUCAGCACCGUCCACGUUUCGAACUUCGAUCCAAGUACCGGCGAGCUGAAGGAAGUUCGCACGGGUCAGGGUUACGCAAAGAACUCAACCUGGGCCCGCGGGCAAGCAUGGGGAAUUUUGGGCUAUUCGCAGACAUUCCAAUGGACCGGAGAAAGCGAGUUCCUCACCGCAGCAUGUGGACUGGCUGAGUACUUCCUGCUACGUCUGGAAAUGUCACCUAGCUGUGUCGAGCGUAAGGCUUCUGAUACUUCCGGAAAGACCUGUGGACGUUAUGUGCCUCUUUGGGAUUUUGAUGCUCCUAUCAACGAGGAGAAUCCGCUUCGUGACUCUUCUGCCGGCGUCAUUGCUGCGAAUGGCCUCUUGGUACUGGCACAAUGUCUCAUCUCACGUGGAGAUCAUGCACAGGGUCAGAGAUACCUCGAUGCUGCUCUAACGAUUGUUGAGGAUACGCUUGCAUUUUCUCUAGCUGAAGAAAAGGCUUCCAUCCUGGUCUAUGGAAGUAAGGUUUCGGUUGAAGAUACCCGGCCUAAUGAAACAUUCGAUGCAAUCCUGAAGAACGCCACGGCAAACUUUAAUGCAUCUGACCAUCGCCGCUACUGGGAUCACGGACUUGUGUAUGGUGAUUAUUAUUUGAUUGAAUUUGGGAAUCGGUUGUUGAGGAUGGGGCUAGUGUAA